AUGCAUUCAGUAUUGACUAGGGGAAACGCCAUUGUUGCGUACACGCUUAGUGUUUUAGCCGUUUUAACAUUUUGUUGCUUCGCUUCAACGGUGUUCAUGGAUUACAGAAUGGCAGCUUCUAUGAACACUGUUAAAGUUAUAGUAAAAAAACUACCCGAUUACAGUGCUGCAAGGGAAAGAAACGAUUUAGGUUUCAUAACAUUUGAUUUACAAACAGAUUUGUCAAAUUUAUUUAAUUGGAAUGUAAAACAAUUGUUCCUUUAUUUGACUGCAGAAUAUGAAACAUCAAAUAAUAAAUUAAAUCAAGUUGUCCUUUGGGAUAAAAUUAUUUUAAGAGGUGAAAAUGCCAUGUUGGAUUUCAAAAAUAUGAAUACAAAAUAUUACUUUUGGGAUGACGGAAACGGUUUAAAGGGAAAUAAAAAUGUUACACUGACAUUAUCUUGGAACAUAAUACCAAAUGCUGGAAUUUUACCUAAUAUAUUAGCACUUGGUCAGCAUUCCUUUCGAUUUCCAGUAGAAUAUACUGCGACUAGAGUUUGA